GUGGGAAUCAACAUGGCGGACUAAUCAACUGUAUUUUGGCCGGACGCUGUCUUUGGAUUUCCUCUUCAUUCACUUAUCAAUUCGAAGUUGGGAAGCUCUAAUAUAUUUGACAAUUAGGAGAACAAAGUGAAAUCCAUUUGGUGUUUUGCUCACAGAUGGAAGCAGAGAAUGAAAUAAGGAGUAAGAGGUAUGCUGCUGACAUUUCCUCCAUACGAGAAGCACAAGUGCGGAUCAACUCAUUCAUACACAAAACUCCAGUUUUGACUUCAGAAACCCUCAAUUCUCUUGCUGGGAGGGGGCUAUUUUUUAAAUGUGAAUGUUUUCAGAAGGGUGGAGCCUUCAAAUUUAGAGGUGCCUGCAAUGCUAUUUUUUCACUCGAUGAUGAGCAGGCAGCCAAAGGGGUUGUAACUCACAGCAGUGGGAAUCAUGCUGCAGCAUUGUCUCUGGCUGCAAAACUUCGGGGGAUUCCGGCAUAUAUAGUUAUACCAGAAAAUGCUCCAAGAUGCAAAGUUGAGAAUGUCAUACGUUACGGUGGCCAGGUUAUCUGGAGCAGGGCCACAAUGCAGUCAAGGGAAGAUAUUGCUACCAGGGUGUUGCAAGAAACUGGUGCUGUUCUUCUUCAUCCAUAUAAUGAUGGGCGCAUUAUAAGUGGGCAGGGUACCAUAUCACUGGAACUUCUGGAGCAAGCCCCACAAAUAGACACUAUAAUGGUUCCAAUAAGCGGAGGUGGUUUGAUAUCAGGGGUGGCAUUGGCUGCCAAGUCCAUCAACCCUGCCAUUCGAGUAUUUGCUGCUGAGCCGAAGGGAGCUAAUGAUGCAGCUCAAUCAAAAAAUGCUGGCAGGAUUAUAACAUUGCCUGAGACCAACACCAUUGCUGAUGGGCUUCGAGCUUCUCUUGGAGAUCUUACCUGGCCUGUAGUACGAGAUCUCGUUGAUGAUAUCAUAGUCGUGGAGGAUAAGGAGAUAAUCGAAGCCAUGAAACUCUGUUAUGAGAUUCUGAAGGUUGCAGUAGAGCCUAGUGGAGCUAUAGGUCUUGCCGCGGUUCUGUCUGACAGUUUCAAGAAAAAUCCUGCUUGGAAGAACUGCAGGAACGUUGGAAUUGUACUUUCGGGGGGCAAUGUUGAUCUGGGAGUGCUUUGGGAUUCAUUGGGUAAAUAAAAAUCAAACCAGUCCUGGCUCUCAUGGAGCUUGUUCUUGGGUCAUCAUUUUUAUACUGAAAAUGCAACAAAUAAUCUUUAAAAUUCCUCAGAAUCCUCUUAGGCUCUUACUGACCAGUGCCUGCUUUGA